CUCUUAUACACACAACAUUUUGAAAUUGUAGCUGGAUAGAAAUCUGCAGCCCACUUUCUUUUUUAUUCUUUUCUUAUCUCAUCUAUGUGUGCUUAUAGUUAAUUUAUACUAGUAUGCCAUUAUACUUGCGGUUAAUUAUUAGUCAAAGCUUAAAUUGGAAAGUCAAAAUAUACCAAAUUUUUUUUUAUGGAUGGACCAUAGUAGUACUCACAAGUCACAACCGAAAUCCGUUGACUCGUUGACCAAUGGAGCAGAGCUGUCAUUAUCUCGUCGGCUCGCCGGAGAAGGUCGGAAAAAACGGCGGCGUAGAUGAUAGAUCCAAUAGGCGCGCCCGGCCAUCGUCCUCACUCACCGCCUGCCCGACGCCGCACCUCCGCGCGCCGGCAUCGGAGGACGCAUCUCCGGCCGCCGGCGAACCCUCCUUCGCUCUCCCACGACCGAGAAUUUUCAGAAUAUAACACCCAAUACACACUGCUUCCAGGAUUUGUCACCCAAUUCACACUACUUUCAGAAUACACCACUAGAGUGCGAAUUUUCUUCGUUCCGUGACACUCCGUCCCCUAGCGUCAGUCCUCCGUCCUCCCGGCGCCACCGUUGUCAGUCCACCGCCGCUCGUGCCCGUGUCAGCUCCGGCGUCGCCGGUCCGUCGCUGCCCGCGUCAGCCCCGCCGUUGCUCGUCCGUCGUCACCCGCGUCGGCCCCGCCGUCGCUCGUCCGUCGCCGCCAUCGGCGCACGCGGUGGAGGGCCGGAGGAGAGGGGAGCAGCGGUGGAGGGCAGAGGGCUUCGAGCUCCGGCGGCGGAGGUUGGACCGGCGCCGGCUCGGGGCGCGGUGGCGGCAGCCCGGUGCGGCGGCGGCUGAGCUCGGGGACGACACGAGCUAGCUCGCCAGAUGCGUGCGGGAGGAGGAGCUCGCUAGUGUGGGGAGGACGAGCUCGCCGGCGUGGGGGAGGACGAGCUCGCCGGCGGCCAGAUUCGUGCGGGCAAACGGCGAGAGAUGGAUGAACUGACGACGGGCGUCUUUGGAUGGACGGAGUGUUACGGAACGAAGAAAAUUCGUACUCUAGUGGUGUAUUCUGAAAGUAGUAUGAAUUAGGUGACAAAUCCUAUAAGCAGUGCGUAUUGGGUGUUAUAUUCUGAAAAUUCUCCCCACGACCGCCCAAGGUAAUCGAUUAUCCCUUUGCGGCCCUGACUUGGUUCGUGGAUGGAUGGUAUAAUGGAUAGAUGGGAGAAGGAUUGGUUGCAUUUGUUGCUGUAGUCUUGUAGACGAAUCGAUGGUUGGUAAAAAAAAAAAAAGGGUGUCUGUGACUGUGAACCUUGUGUUAAAUGGAUGAUUUCUUAUUUAACAUGUUUCUAAUAUGUUCAUUGACUGGAAUGUGAAGCUUGUGUCACUGUCAAAUGGAUGGAUAAUAAGUCAUAAGAUCACCAACCUCGGUGCAUAAUUUCGUUUCUGAUAUGACCGCAAUUUGCUUGUGUCACUGUCAAAUGGAUGGAUAAUUAAUCAUAAGCUCAACAACUGUGGGAAGGGGUGGUACAAUCCGAUAUUCAUACUACCAACCAAACAAAAAAGACUAGAUCAUCCCAUCGGUAUUCAUUCUACCAACGAAACAAAGCUCGAUAGCCCGAUUCAUCUGACCAAAGAAUUCUUCUAUGUUUUCAACGCUCCGUAGGAGUUGGAGCACUCUAAUCCUUUUCUAUUCAUAUGCCUUGAGAAUCAUGGGUUCCAGCGAGGUCUUAAAUAUCUGUAGAUUGAUGAUUCAAUUAACAUCACAGUCUAUGGGAUCUUAAUGCUUAUGGCUACCCAUGGCAACUUCAAAACAUGUACUGGAGGUCUGUUUUUUUUUUCCUGGAGUUUUGAACCUAGCAUAUGCCGCAGGACCGCGGGAGAUGUCAGGACCAAGUUUCCUGGAAUCUAUGCAACUAUUUUCUUUGUUGUUUGGUGAGAAAAAAACUUGUGGGCCCAUGUGUAAGUGGAGCAAUGGAGGUUAGGGAGAAUUAGAUGGGAAAAUAAUGAGAUUAUACGAGUUCAGUUCUAGGUCCUCUUUUAGAGGGGUUGUGAUGUGAUGUUAACCAUAUAUUAUUGUAGAUGAAAAGGAAAAUGAGGCAUCGUUAUAAAGUGAUACAGCGUUAGUGAUUUGACUCUUAUACUCCACUUUCUUUUUGGGGAAAAAAAGGAGAAUAGUUUACUUUUAUCCUUUACUUGCUGCUGGGCAGGUAUCAGAUGAAUGACAUCUUUUCUUGAUUCCUUAACCCUCUGGGAGGCAUUGCAUCAGAUUUUGCAUGCAUGUUGAUAUAUUUGUGUGUGGCACUUAACUAUGCAUGAAUUGCAUUCAUCCCCUCAAACAUAUCAAACUGGCUAAUCCCUGACCAUAUAUAACUUGUCUGUCAAACUGAAGAUUAUCAUCGAUCACUUCUCCACCCAUUCAGUUAUCGUGUAUGUUAAGGUGGAGAAAUCGAUGGCAGGAGCAGAGGCUGUGAGCGCUGCAUGGAAAGAAUGGGCUCUCCAAGCACUGGUGCUUCUCAGCCUCAUGGUCCAAGUCACACUCCUCAUCUUGGCAGAAUUCCGCCGGUACAUUGACUCUGGCGUGCUAAGGGCCUUUAUAUGGUCCGCAUACAUGCUGGCCGACGGGACAGCGAUCUACGUGCUUGGCCACCUCUCUGUUACCAGCAGGUCACCAGAGCAUGAGCUGUUGGCACUCUGGGCACCGUUCCUGCUGCUGCACCUUGGUGGGCAGGACAAAAUCACUGCCUACGCCAUCGAGGACAACCGGCUGUGGCUGCGCCACCUGCAGACGCUUGUUGUGCAGGUGGCCGCAGCUGCCUAUGUCAUCUAUGGGUCCUCCAUAGUCAUUGUUGGCGACAGCCGGACCUUGCUUCUCCUGUCAGCCACCAUCCUCAUGUUAAUGGUAGGUGUUGCCAAGUAUGGGGAGCGUGUCUGGGCGCUCAGAUGUGCCGGUAGUAGCCCAACUGGAAAGUACGAGAGUGAUAUAGCGAGAAGAAGAUUUUCUCAAAUGGUGCCUGAGUCAUUCAUACGUCGCUUGGAUCCAGCAGAAACCUUGCUAUUAAAUGCUCACCUAUUGUUGGAUUUUGCCAAGGAUAGGUUUAAGGGGCCAUUACCUCGUCUGUUUUUGUGUGGCCCCAUGAAUGAAGGAUCACGAUUGCAAGGGGAGGACGAGUUGUACAAGGUGGCUGAGAUGCAACUCUCCCUCCUCCACGACGUCUUCUACACCAAGUCUGAGAUUACACACACUUGGUAUGGCCUUUGCAUCCGAGUGCUUUCGUCUCUGGCCACCACCGUUGCAUUCUUUCUGUUUAAUAUACUACUAGUCUGGGGAAAUCAUCAUCAGCAUAAGCUGAAUGGUUACAGCAGAGCAGAUGUCAUUGUUACAUAUGUCCUCUUUGUUGGAGCCGUCAUCCUGGAGACUAUGUCACUUUUGAGGGCCAUGUUCUCGAGCUGGACAUGUGCACUCCUGGUAAAGAAGGGAUCGGAAGGAAGUAAUGUGUGUAAUUUUCUUGCUCACAUACCCGCCUGUCUCCGCCGGCUGGUCCGUGCGGCAUAUUGGAGGAGGAGGCGCAGCUGGUCACGCUCCAUGGGGCAGCUCAACCUGAUUCAGUUGUGCGUGCACAGCAGGGCCAGCCGAUGCAGCAAGAUUGCGAGGUGGAUGGGAGUCGAGGACUGGUGGAACAGGUUGGCUUACUCGGGCCUGCCCAUCCCCAUCUCGGCGUGUACCAAGCAGCUGCUGCUGGAGACCAUGAAGGCGAAGCAAUGGGGUCAGGAGGAAUUUGAAAGCAGAGGAUUGUACAGGGACCCAGCCUGGGUUGCUGAGUCCAAGAUGGAGCAGAGGAUCCUCAUCUGGCACAUCGCCACUGAGAUCUACCUGUGCUGGUACAAGGAUCAGGAGAAGAAGCAAGCAGAGGCCACCAGUGGUUCAGGUUCAGCUGCUGAAGAGGAGCAAGCAGCGGCCACCGGUGGUUCAGGUUCAGCUGCUGAAGAAGGGCAAGCAGAGGCUGCCAGUGGUUCAAGUUCAACUGCUGAAGAGGAUCAAGCAAAGGCCGUCGGUGGUUCAGUUUCAGCUGCUGAAGGGGAGCAAGGAGAGGUUGCCAAUGGCUCAAGUUCAGCUGCUGGAGAGGAGCAACCAGAGGUAGUCGAUGGUUCAGGUUCAGCUGCUGACCUUAUGGAAACGGCUCAGGCGCUGUCCAAUCACAUGCUUUUCCUGCUUGCAUCACGUCCCCACAUGCUGCCUCCCGAUGCCAGCCGCAAUGAUUAUCUUGUGCUGUGCUAUGCUAUCACUCGUCACCUGAGGUACAGCACAGCUGAGGAUGUGCUCCACUUGCUACAACUUAACGCAGAUGCAUUGAGGACGAAUAGCUCUAAACCGAAGUUUAAAUUAACUUGUACAAAUACUAAUAGACUUGGGGACAAGAUGUUGAGGGGAGGAUGCUCGCUUGGUGCAUUCCUCAUCGACCGGCAAGACUCGCCUGCUGAUGGCACUGGCACGCUAGAGAUGAUCUGCCAGGUGUGGGCACAGAUGCUGUGCUGCUGUGGGGAACAAUGCAGCACAGAUUCUCAUGUCAAGCAGCUCAGCAGUGGCGGUGAGCUUGUUACCGUCACUGCCCUUGUCGCAAAAUACAUGAGGUCAAGGAUGUUGUCUUGGCACUUUCAGAUAGAUUCACAUGAGCGUUUGAGCGAAUGGUGAAAUAGUAGGGUGAAGAGGUGCAGCAGCAGCAGCAAAAUUUUGUUGAAGGAUAUGUGGACACCAUUAAUUAUGUUAUUGGUGAAGAUGGCAUGAUUUUAAAUGCUAUUUCAAGACAGCUGAGUAAUGCACAUAUGCCUUAGGAGUGUGCAUACAGGGUAUGUUUGUGCUUACAAAUGUUGCAGUUGGUGGUGAAUUAAACAAGAAGGCUGUGAUGAAUGUUCUUGUACCUCAUCGAGCAGAUCGUGUCAAACCAUCUUUUGUGGUUAACUUUCUGCAGAGCAAGGAUUAACAAUUGUGAGUUGCAACCUUAUGUGUGCUCUGAACUUGAUUGGUCCAAAAUUUGAGGCCUUUUCUGUUCGGGAGUUGUCAGACUUCAAAUUGCUGGGGUAAUUUCACAAGUAAAAGGCCUGAUAAACGACCUCUGCUUGGAUUGCAAGCUUGGACAAUGCAGAGGAUGGUUUCGUGAGAGCAGCCACCAUUGAACUUCGGCCAUUGAAGCUUGCAGACAGCUUGAGGAAAGAGAAGAUGGAGAUUGCAAUCACAUCUGUGGACGAUGAUAAUCAGUAAAAAGCCCUCACUGACAUCUUCUCAUCUUCUAGUUGUGUAAUAUUUUUGCAGCUUGAUUCUAUGGCAUGCUUCUGAGUAAUAUAAGGUGCUAGCUCACAAUUUUUUUUCUUGCUCAUGACGUGCUUAGACCUUGUUCAAAGGCACGCAUAUUAGGAUGUUUCCGUGCUGCCUGAGAUUGUACUAUUACAAAUGCUCCAAUCAAUUGAGCAAUAAUACAGUAUAGAACAUUGAAAGAUUAAGGUGAUCAAAACAUUAUUUCAAAACUAGGACCAGGAGGAUAACAUAAAUUACACCCAAAAAUUAAAUAUAUAUUCCCUCCGUUCCAAAAUAGGAGUAUAUACCAACUUAGGAUUAGAUGAGACAUUUAUUCUUCGAAUCUAGGCUGGAUGAGACACAAUUUUGAGUACUUUUAGGGUCUAGAAAAUUAAUUUACAAUAAUAAAUGAUGUCACCUAGAGAUCUCCAAGAGAUAUCCAAACAUGUUCCUAAAAAUCUAAUUUUGGAAUUUUAAGUUUAAAACAAGUCUCCAACCGAUACCCAAACUUGGUCCUAAAAAUUAGUCAUGCCUAAUCCAGACCCUAAACUAAACUAGAUUUGGGCAGCUGAAGCUCUGCCGAUUCCGGUUGGGAAUAUCGGCAGGGGCAGGUUCCGACUCCGAUUGUGAACUGGAGCUACCAACCAAUAAAUAUGCAGCAGAUGUAUCGAGGUCAGGUUUUUUCAUAACCAAAUCACACGACAAUCGAUCGCAGGGUGCGCUUCCUGUCAUCUGGAUUUGCGAGCCAGCGAUCAUGUCAAGCUCUUCCGAUCAAGGCAAGAAGAAAGCAACGGCGGCAUCAGCAGCAGAGAAGGAAGGGAAAAAGCCGACGACCAUGGCAGGCAGUUCGUCGGAAGGGAAAAAGAAGAAGACGACGGCGACGAAGAAGGAGUUGAUGUCUCAAGCCGAGAUUGAUAGCCACAUCCGGUACCAAACCGUGGAGUUUCGUGAGGAGGAUGGUUAAGGUUGGGGAUCAUAUGGAUGAAUACUUUGCUAAGAUCAUCCGUGAUAUAAACCGGAUUGAAUCAAGGCAUAUGAGAGCGAGAGACAAUGUUCUGAAACAGUACUAUGAGAAAGGCUAUGUGGAGAAAGACGCUUAUCAGAAAGGCUACGAAGCUGCAGGUGAAGAUGAAGAAUCGAUCUGCAGGUAAAGAUGGAGAAAAAACCUUACCUUCUGGUGAAGCUGAUGGAGAAGAAACCUUACCUGCUGGCGACCAAGAAUCCUCUCCUGCAGGCGCUGAAGAUUUCCCUGCUCCUCAUCCUGGUCAAAGAAGGUUUCGACCGGGUGUUUCCAUCAAUGGAGGAAAAGUUAACAAGCUGAAUUAGCUACUAAGCGAUGUGCUGAUACACUUCGCUGAUUAGCAGUCGAGUCGUUCUUUUUUUUUUUUUUUAAGAUUUACCUACUAGUUGUCGUAGUAUCUUCCUGUGUUGGAUUAUGGAACUCAAUCUCAAUUAUCAGUUUUUGGUUUAAUA